AUGGACGCGAUGCGAAGCGUGUUUGACCUCGCGCAUUCGAACGUAAAAUCUUUCGUGCAAAGCGAAGACGUGCACGUUUUCGUGCUCAUCAUGUUUGCGUUUUUAGGUGCCAUCACGUAUCUUUCGUAUUGGGUUCCUAAACUCAUCGUCUCGUUCAUGCCGACGCAAAACUUGAAGAAGAAAUACAAAGGCGCGAAGUGGGCUUUAGUCACCGGCGCGUCCUCUGGUAUCGGUAAAUCCUUGGCGAAAGAAUUAGCCGAACAAGGGUUGAACGUUGUAUUAGUCUCUCUGAAAGAAACGAUUUUGGACGAGACGUUCGAGGAGCUUAAAAAAAAACAUCCCGAGCGAGAGUUUAGAAAAAUCGGGGUGAAUUUAGGCCUCCGAGAUGGGUCGUAUUUGCGAGAAAUCGAAGAGAAAACGAAAGAUAUCGACGUGCAGGUGGUGUUUAACAACGCUGGGUUCAUGUUGACUGGGUUUUUUGAUAAAACGAAAUUGGAUUUGUUGAUGACGAACCACGAGUGCAACUGCACGAGCGCGAUGCAAAUCACGCACGUGUUCGUGAAGAGAAUGUUGGAGAAGAAGUUGAAAGGGUGCAUCGUGUUUACCUCGUCCGCGGCGGCGUGUCAACCGACGCCGUUUUCAGCUUUGUAUGGGGCCACGAAAUCGUACAUUUCCGCGUUUGCUGCCAACGUGGCGUGCGAGGUGAAAUCGAGAGGCAUCGACGUCUGCGCCGUGCACCCGAGUCCGGUGGCGAGCAACUUUUACGAUAAAGCGCACAAGUUGGACGCGUUGGCGUUUUUCCAAAAGUUCGCCGUGACUCCGGACCAGUUGCCGAAAGAAAUGUUGCGACCGAUUGGAAGGAUCGUGUGGUACGACAUAGGGUUCGUGGCCAUUGCGUUUAGAAAUUUGUUGAAGAUGUUCGAUUACGGGUUCUUCGCGACGUUGAUUAGUUGGACGGCGCACACCAUGGGCGAUUACAAAAAGAACGUUUAA